AUGGCUUCCGCGACAGGAAUCCCCCAACAUACGCCGAUUGACCCGGACACGGACGGGCUACCCGGUCCCGAUGAGCCACUGCUGGGUCGGCCAGGAGAUGCUUCACAAGGAAGCCAGGCGUCCAUCGCCAAAAACCUCAUUAUCGGCACGGGCAUCAUCGCCGAGGCCUCGACCCUCCUCCUCUUCGCCUCCGUGUGGGCCGCCGUCUUCAUGAAUAAGCUGAUCCUGUUCUCGGUGCACCCGCUCGCGCAGUCGUUCGGCUUCCUCGUCCUCGUCCAGUCCGUCCUCGUUCUACAGCCGACGCACACGGGGUCGCAGAAGAAGGUCGGACAGAGAAUACACGCCGGACUCAACCUGCUGGCCCUCGCGUCAUUCAUCGUCGGUGUCGUCGUCAUCGAGGUCAACAAGUUCAAGAGCAACGGCCCGCACUUCCACUCGGUGCACGGCUACCUCGGAGUCAUCACCUCGAUAUGGAUUAUCGUGCAGUACGGCGUCGGCUUUACUAUGUGGGCUACCCCCAAGCUGUACGGGAGCGAGGAAAACGCGAAGAAGAUCUGGAAGUACCACCGCAUGAAUGGCUAUGUCCUCUUCUUGUUGAUGAUGGCCACCAUCACAAGUGCUGUCGAGACCGACUUCAACAAAAAUGUGUUGGGGCUGAAGCUCUGGGCCAUGAUCAUCAUCAUGGUGCUGCUGGUUGUCGGCAUCUACCCGCGGAUCAAGAAGCAGAAGCUUGGCUUGUAG